AUGAUUAAUUUAGUUCUUAAAAGAUCUCCAAAGUUUGGUACUAGCUUAAAGGUAAUUGCUAAACCAAUAUAUUCAACAGCUUUACAAAGAUCACUAAUAUUAAGUACAACUAAUAAAACUUACUAUUCGACUUUUCAUUCUAAUGCUAAUUCUAAGAAAGGCAAUCAGGAUAAAAAAAUUCCUCUAUGGACAAGAAUUAAAUCAUUCUCAACAUUUACUGCAUCCGGUGCAUUGGUCAUUGGUGCCACUGGUAUUUCAACUGUAGUUAUCUAUUUGAUUCUGACUGAAUUGUUCUCACCAUCUGGUGAUACUCAACUUUUCAAUCGUGCUGUAACACUAGUCGAAAAAGAUGAGAUUGUAAGGACUCUACUUCAAUGUGAUGAUACUGAUAAUAAGAAAGAACGUUUAAAAGCUUACGGUGAAUUAUAUGCAGAUGAUAAAUGGACCAGAAAUAGACCAAUUGCUUCAAAUAAAAGAAUUGAUAAAAAUGGCAAAGAACAUUAUCUAAUGCGAUUCCAUGUAGAAUCAAAACAAAAAAUGGGGCUAGUUCAUAUCGAAGCCGUUGAAUCAGAGAAACGUUACCAACCUGAUUUUGUUAGUGUUUAUAUUGAUAUUCCUGGUGAAAAAAGAUAUUACUUAAUCAAGCCAAAAAUUAAUAGAAUAGUUAGACCAAAAGGCUUUUUAGGGAUUAACUGGGGUCCAAGAAAACAAUAG